AUGUCGGCCAUCCUGUCAGCCGACGACCUCAACGACUUCAUCUCCCCCGGCGUCGCCUGCAUCAAGCCCAUCGAGACACUCCCGACGCAACCGGGCCCCGAACAGUCACAACAACCACAAUCCCUCGAAUUCGAAGUCAUCCUCGACGGCCAACAACCCACCACCGGUUCCUCCUCCAACGGAACAACACCGCCAGCCCAAAUCUCCCUCACCGAUUGUCUCGCCUGCUCCGGCUGCGUGACCUCAGCCGAGGCCGUGCUCGUCAGUCUACAAAGCCACAACGAAGUCCUCACGCUACUCGACGCCGCGCCAGCGCUGCGGGUGAUACAGGAUAGCGAUGGGAAGCCCGUGGUGUCCGGGCUAGAAAACCCCGAAGCCAAGCUCUUCGUCGCGAGCGUCUCGCCCCAGACCAGAGCCAGCCUCGCGGCAGCCUGUGGGGGCGCCGUGACGGAGCAGCAGGCCGGGUGGAUGAUCGAGCAACUUCUGAUGGGCCCGGCUGGCUUGGCGGGGGGAGGGAAGCACGGGAAUGGGUUUACCUGGGUAGUUGAUACCAACACGGCGCGGGAGGCUUGUCUCAUGCUCGGGUCGGACGAGGUUUUGGGCGGCGGAUCCUGGGGUGGUUCGGAUAAGCCCACGUCGCCUAUCCUCACGUCUUCUUGUCCCGGGUGGGUCUGCUAUGCAGAGAAGACGCACCCGUACGUGCUGCCACACCUGUCGCGAGUCAAGUCGCCGCAGGCGCUGAUGGGCACGCUGCUGAAGACCACACUCAGUCGUGUGUUGGGGAUCGCGCCGGACAGGGUAUGGCAUCUGGCGGUAAUGCCUUGUUUCGAUAAGAAGCUAGAGGCGAGUCGGGAGGAGUUGACGGAUACUGCGUGGGGUAGUGGGGGGGUGCCGGGGAGGGGGGUCAGGGACGUGGACUGCGUCAUCACGAGUAAGGAGAUCCUCAUGCUCGCCGCGUCGAAGGGGGUAGAUUUCUUUGGCUUGGCCAAGUCUGCUCCCGUCAAGCAACCCAUGUUUCCAGACUCGGACAUCCAUCGGUUUUUGUUUCCCGCGCAACGGCGCAAGCAGCUCCGGGAUGGCGGGACAUCCGGAGGUAAUCUGCAUUACAUCAUCCAGGAUGUUCUAUCGAAGCACGCCGGCUCGCAGAUCCAGAUGACGCGCGGCAGGAACGCUGACGUCGUUGAAUUUGCCGUCCUCAGCUCUUCUGGCGAGACCAUCUUCAAGGCGGCGCGCUACUACGGCUUCCGCAACAUCCAAAACCUUGUCCGGAAAUUGAAACCGGCCAAGGCAUCCCGCAUGCCGGGCGGAAAGCCGUUUGGUAGCGCACGUAGGCCGGCCGGCAAGUCAGCUACCUUGGAACAUUCCUAUGUCGAAGUCAUGGCGUGCCCUGGGGGCUGCACUAACGGAGGCGGCCAAAUCAAGGUCGACGAUCAAGUCGUCAUCGAUCGCAAGAAUUUCGGCGAGAAACCUGGGCCGGAUGAGCAGAAAGCCUGGCAGGCUGAAGUCGACGAGGCGUACUUUUCCGGCGAUGAGUCAGACCCUGCACAGGGUGCGGGUGACGACCAGUCGAUGGAGCUUAUUGCUGGUAUUUCUCCGUCGUAUAUUCGGGAUACCCUUGCGCAUUGGGCGGAUAUCACGGGCAUACAGUUAGAUAAACUGGUGUACACGAGCUAUCGCGAGGUCGUGAGCGAUGUCGGCAAGCCAAUCAGCGACACUGAACGGGUGGUUCAGCUAGCUGGUAAGAUUGGUGGCGGAUGGUAA